AAAAUGACAGAACGGAGGCUCCGUUUCCGUCAAAGUGUGAGGGGGUGAAGGUAUCCUAGCCAGCCGCCGAUGUCUUCGGCUUCUCUGUGCCGGCGAAAACCCUGCUCACUUCCGCCCUCCCUCGCCGUCGUCUCUGGCCUCCGAUUCAUUUCCUAAGCAACCUCAUCUCCAGAUCGCUCGCGGCCGUUGCUGCUGUUGGUUUCACCUCCUCUCAUCUGAUCUUCUUCGUAAUCUGAUCUCUAAUAACCUUAGGGAUACUUCCGAAUCUUUUAUGUUCUCGGUGUGCCUUGUGCUGCAAGGCUAGGUUUUUUUCUGCUUCACAUUGUGGAGUAAUGCGGCGUCGUUAGUUAUUUUGUAGGUUUUAAGGGGGACCCUCAGAAGAGCAUUCCCUGGUCGAGAUGGCUCCCAGUAAAUGCAAACCUCCUGGAGAUGAAACUCCUACCACUGUGGCACCUUUGAAGUUCUCAAGAAGAAUGUUUGAGAAGCUCAACUCUGUUGACCAAAGAAUGACGCCAGAAAUUGAUAUUAGGGAAGUUUAUUUUUUGAUCAUGCAUUUUUUGUCAUCUGGGCCAUGUAAGAGGACAUACGAGCAGCUGCGGAAUGAACUUUUAGAGCACAAACUUUUACCUAGAAGGUACCAUGCUUGGUAUUCACGUUCUGGUGCACCAAGUGGUGAUGAAGAUGAUGAUGGCUUGUCACUACCUCUUUGUUAUAUCAAGUUGACUCAGAGGUAUCCUCAUAUUGAAAAGGAUCACAUAUUAAAGCUUUUGAAACAAUUAUUAGUUAAUUCAUCUCCUUUGCCUGCCAUGAUUGGAGGAGUUUCAAGUGCUGCUGUUUUUCCUACGCUUAUGGGAUCUGGUUCCUUCUCUCUUCUUGCUUCCGACAGAGAUAAAGAGAUUAAAAGCUCCAAUAAGUUGCCACGUUACUUGCAUUGGCCACAUAUGCAUGCUGGCCAAGUUCAUGGAUUAAAUUUAAGAGAGAUAGGUGGUGGUUUCACAAAACACUGUCGUGCUCCAUCGAUUCGUGCUGCAUGUUAUGCAAUUGCUAAACCAUCAAAUUUGGUACAAAAAAUGGAGAUCAUAAAAAAGUUAAGGGGACAUCAGAAUGCUGUCUAUUGUGCUACAUUUGAUCGUUCUGGGCGGUAUGUAAUAACUGGGUCAGAUGAUCGCCUUGUGAAGAUCUGGUCAAUGGAAACUGCAUUUUGUCUAGCUAGUUGCCGUGGACAUGAAGGUGACAUUACUGACCUGGCUGUGAGUUCAAAUAAUGCUGUGGUGGCAUCUUCUGCAAAUGACUUUAUCAUUAGAGUUUGGCAUCUACCUGAUGGGCAUCCAAUAUCAGUGCUGAAAGGGCACACUGGAGCUGUAACUGCCAUCGCUUUUAAUCCCAGACCUGCUGCUGUUUAUCAGCUACUCUCAUCCUCUGAUGAUGGAACAUGUCGUAUAUGGGAUGCCAGGCAAUCAAAUGCAAAGCCACACAUUUACAUCCCAAAGCCUUUAGACACUUUAGCUGGAAAGGUCACUGAUCCCUCUCCUAGUGCUGGUCAACAAACACAUCAGAUCCUUUGUUGUGCAUUCAAUGCUAAUGGGACUGUAUUUGUUACUGGUAGCUCUGACACAUAUGCCCGGGUAUGGAAUGCUUAUAAGAGCAAUUUGGAUGACCCUGAGCAAUCAAACCAGGAGAUGGAUCUUUUGUGUGGUCACGAGAAUGAUGUCAAUUAUGUACAAUUUAGUGGUUGUGCUGUGGGGUCUAGAUCUUCCCUUGGUGAUACUCUGAAAGAAGAUAAUCUACCUAAAUUUAAAAAUUCCUGGUUCACUCAAGACAACCUUGUUACCUGCUCACGUGAUGGCAGUGCAAUUAUUUGGAUUCCAAGAUCCCGACGAUCUCAUGGAAAAGUUGGGCGCUGGACUCGUGCUUAUCAUCUUAGAGUCCCUAUGCCACCUAUGCCUCCCCAACCUCGUGGUGGUCCUCGUCUAAGAUGUCAGCCAACUCCUCGUGGUGUUAAUAUGAUUGUUUGGAGCUUGGAUAAUAGAUAUGUGCUUGCUGCUAUCAUGGAUUGUAGAAUAUGUGUCUGGAAUGCUUCAGAUGGUAGCUUACUCCAUUCAUUGAUUGGCCAUGAGGAAUCUACAUUUGUUUUGGAUGUGCACCCUUUUGAUCCACGGAUAGCUAUGAGUGCUGGCUAUGAUGGAAAACUGAUCAUCUGGGAUAUAUGGGAGGGCAUGCCUGUGCGGAUAUAUGAAACUGGCCGUUUCAAGUUGGUUGAUGGGAAAUUCUCACCAGAUGGAAUUUCAGUUAUUCUCUCAGAUGAAGUUGGUCAAAUAUUUAUCAUUGCAACUGGUCAGGGCGAGUCGCAAAAGGAUGCCAAAUAUGACCAGGUGUGGAAAUUUAUUGGUAGCACAGAAAAAUUAAUGCAGGAGACCCAACUUACGCCACACAGAAGGAAUAUUCAGGAUCUUCUCUGUGAUUCGGGUAUGAUUCCAUAUCCUGAACCUUACCAGAGCAUGUAUCAAAGACGUCGUUUAGGUAUUCUUGGUAUUGAGUGGCGCCCUGGUUCACUGAAAGUUGCAGUUGGUCCAACCUACAAUGCUAGUAUUGGUGAUUUUCAAGCACUACCAAUUGUGGAUCUAGAGCAGUGGGUUGAGCCUUUACCGGAGAUUGUGGAAGCUAUAGAUUGGGAAAUAGAAAAUGACAUGCAGAGUGAUGAUGCUGAUUCUGAAUAUAAUUUAACUGAUGAAUAUUCCAGCCAAGCCGGUCAAGAAAGUUUGAGCAGCAGUUCAUGUGGGGAAGCAGAAAGCAGUGCCGGAAAUAGUGAAGGCGAUAAUGAUGGAAAGGUAGGCGUUAAGAGAUCUAAAAGGAAAAAGCACUCAUACGAAGUAAGAUUCACUUUGCCACAGAGAAUUGCUAAGAAAAAUGCUCUUACUUUCUUCUCUAAAUUAACAAGUGUUUCUACAGAUGAAGAUCAUGAACCAGACAGUAAUUUCUCUGAAAGUGAAUCAAUGUUCCCAGAUUCAAAGACCCAAAGUUUCGAGUCUGAAAGAUCACUGAAAUUUAAUCUGCUUAGUGGGGUGAAGAAGGAGAGCAUCAAAGAUGAGUAUGAAGCCGCUGCAAUACCUUCUGAAGUCAUCAAUAAACAGUAUAGUCCAGUAAGCAAGAGGAGGUUGGUCCUUAAGCUGCCAUGCCAUGUUGUCUCUGGAACUGUGAUAUCUGAGUGGCCCAAACAGGAUAAUUUGUCUAUAUCCUUGCCCACAAGUAAUUCUGUUGUCAAUAGCCAUCGUAUACCUGAAAGUGAGAUAGCUGAAUCAGUCAGCUCGCAGAAUGAGAUUCCCUCCCGCCAUCAUUUCUUGGUGGAUCACCAGACCAGUAUGAUUAAAUGGGGAGAAGUUAAGCAGCGCUCUUCAAAACGCCCAAGAGUUGGUGACAUGGUUACAUGGGCUGCUGCAAAUACAAGUGUAGAUGACCCUAACACAGCUGGAGACAACACUAUUGGAAUUAUAUCUGGGGACGAGUGUCGGACCUCGAUUUCUUGGAAACCAACUAAUGAGAAAAGCAAUGACAGAUAUGCAGCAGGAAACAAAGGAGUGGAUGCCACCCCACAUCUGCUUUCUCUUGAAAGUAUGUCUUUGGUUCAGCAAUCAUCAAUUUAUAUUCAAGAGUCAGAACAGGUGGUGCUUCCACAUAAGUGUGUUGACAUUAGAAAUGAAUCUGUUGAAGCAGAGAACUUAAAUCCUGUUAACCAUGAAUGCAAGGUUCUAAAUGAAUCAUCUGAAGUAUAUGAACUGGUUCCAAAUAAAACUGUCAAUUAUUUUGGCAGCAAGUGUAGUUUUGAUGUGGACCCUCAGGUAGAUGAAACUAUGAAGACCACUCACCCAAAUAUGUGGUUCAAAACACGAGGAUCAGUACAAGAGUUUAAUAGUUCAUCCUUGAAGUUAAAAUCUUCAGUACUGAACAGUUUGAGAAGUGCAGAGGAUGAGCUUGUCUCAGACAGUCCAACUCCAACUGACCAAGAUUUGGAUUUGGCAGCUGAUGAGGAUGAAGGAACCAACAGAAAGAGUUUAGAACCUGGAAAAUCUAAUAAUAUAUCAGAAAAUUCAGAAGGAUGGACAACCACAAAUGCCAGUUUGUCUGUUUCCCAUGAUUGCUUGGACUUAAAGUCUUAUCCGAAAAUGUAUGAUGCUGUUUAUAAGAGGACGAAGCCAUCCAAGGGAAAGGAAAGUUGCAUAACUGAUGUCCAAGUUAAGCAAGAAACUACUUCAGAUUCUGUUGAUCAUGAUGAAGCAACGUUGCUGUUGAGUGGUAAGAUUAGAGAUUCUCACAGAAAAAAACCCACUGGUGGAAGGGCUCCUAACCAUGAUCUAAGCUGUAGCAUGAAUAACUUUGACAAUAAUUUUUUUAGUUCUUUAGGAGCUUCCACAAGCAGAGGAAAGUCUGCAUCUAGUUCAUGUAAUCAAUUUUUAGUUGAUGAUUGGAAAUCAACAUCAAAAAUGCCUGUUGGUUUAAGAUCUGUAAGAAACAGAAGGGAGAACUACAAUACAACUGAUUUCAGAUGUAUGGAUAAGAAAAGCCACCAAUCGUUGCGGAAGCUUUCAUGGCUUUUAUUAUUAGAGCAUGAGGAGUGCUAUAGAUAUAUUCCUCAAAAAGGUGAUGAAGUGGCCUAUUUGAUACAGGGCCAUCGUGAAUACAUUGAAAGCACUGCUACAACUGAAGUAGGUCCAUGGAAAUCAAUCAAAGGCUUAAAGGCUGUCGAGUUUUGCAAAGUACAAGAACUUGAAUACUCUACACUUCCUGGAUCUGGUGAUAGCUGCUGCAAACUAACCCUUGAAUUCACGGAUCCUUCGUCUUGUGGGUUCAAGAAAACUUUCCGAGUCACAUUGCCUGAACUCAAUGAUCCUGACUUUCUCGUGGAAAGAUUACGCUAUGAUGCUUCCAUUGAAAGGAAUUGGACCCACAGAGACAAGUGCCAGGUAUGGUGGAAGGAUGCUGAUGGAUCGGGUGGAAGUUGGUGGAGUGGUCGGAUCUUAGCUGUAAAACCUAAAGACUCUGAGUUUCCAGAUAGCCCUUGGGAAAAAUAUGUAGUACAGUACAAGGAUGAUUCUUCUGGACAGCAUUUACAUAGUCCUUGGGAACUUCACGAUGUCAAUACUCAUUGGGAGCAUCCUUCUAUUAGUAAUGAAACCAGAAAUGCACUUUUAUAUUAUAUUGCCAAGAUAGAACAGACAUCAAUAAGAAAUCAGGAUUAUCAUGGUGUUCAAAAGAUGAAUCAGGUGGCUCAGAAAUCAAAUUUCUUGAACAGAUACCCUGUUCCACUUUCUCUUGAAGUGAUAAAGAGGAGACUCGAAAACAACUACUAUCGCACCGUGGAUGCAGUGAAGCAUGAUUCCGAUGUUAUGAUUUCCAAUGCCGAUACACACUUCAUCAAAAGUGCGGAGAUGAAGUCAAAGAUCAAAAGGUUAAAGGAAUCGAUCAAGCGUACAUUUUCUUCAUUGACGGAUGAAAAACAAACAAAGGAGUCUUCGUAGUAUAGGUUAAGGCUGCUGCCUAAUUGUAUAUAUCUCCAUUCUAACAUAUUGUUUCACUGUCUUACGCACGCAUCCAUUUAUUUCUUUGGUUAGUUUUGAGGAACACCGUACAGAGAGAGGGAAUGAUCUGCCUGCCUGAAUUCAUUAUGCCUAAAACAUUCACUAUCAAUAAAAUCAAUUAGAAAGAAAACUAAA